CCGGGGGAAGCACCAUGCGUCUGCGGCUGAAAGGAGGACCGGAGCCUCGCCUUGUUAUGUCCCUUUCUUAUUUUUAAUUUUUUUUUUUUUCACCAAAUCUCUGACGCGCAAGGACACUACAGCAUCCAUCCCCGGCAGAAACGCUCACAUAGAGCCUCCUCUGUACGCACCAUCCUCCUCCUUCCUCCCACUCUCCUCCUCUCUCCUCUCUCCUGUUUCUGUUCUAACCCAGAGGACAUCGGGACCUCUUCUCCCCCCUUUCUACCCGGAGACAUGGAUCUAUGGUUUCACUCGAUCCGGAUUUGCUGGUGGAGGGUUUUGUUCCUGAUGAGUGUUUUCCAGGACUAUCUGAGCUCCAUGCUGGACUGCCCGCCGACCUGCAGCUGCUCUCAAACAGAGAUCUAUUGCAAUAAGUCCGACAACGGCAGGUUUUUCCCUUUACUGGCCCUGCAAGAUACUGGGAACAAUGGGACCAGUGUUGACAUAGCAGAGUUAUUCAAAAACAUCACCACUAUACACAUAGAGAACUGGACGGGCCUGCAGACUCUGAGAGAUGUCGAUAUGGAGCUGUACACCGGCCUGCAGAGACUAACUAUCAUGAAUUGCAACCUGAGGACGAUCCAGCCGCGAGCGUUCACUCAGAACCCACACCUACGCUACAUAAACUUGUCAAAGAACCCGCUCAGCACUCUGUCGUGGCAGCUCUUCCAGCACCUGCAAAUCUCCGAGCUGCGCCUGGAAAGCGUGGUGUUUGACUGCGGCUGCGACAUCCGCUGGAUCCAGCUGUGGCAGCAGAGAGGAGACGCCGGGCUCCACACACAGCAGCUGUACUGCAGGAACGGAGCCUCCAAGAUACGCCUGCACAACAUGUACAUCCACAACUGUGACCUGCCAGAGAUCAGUGUGAGCCACAGCAGUGUGUUGGUGAUGGAGGGAGACAACGUGACGGUGAGCUGCAACGGAUCCGGAGCGCCACUGCCCGAAGUGGACUGGACCGUCAGCGAGCUGCACUCCAUCAACACACACCUGUCCAACGUGUACUGGCCGAACAUCCACUCCAUCAACCUGACUCUGUUCAACAUCAGCCGGGACGACAACAACUUCCAGCUGACGUGCAUCGCAGAGAACGUGGUGGGGAUGACCAACUCCUCCAUCCAGCUCAACGUACAAUUUCCUCCAGCCAUCGUGAGACUGGCAGAGCCGGAGCAGCGCCACGAUACCUGCAUCGAGUUCACGGUUCGGGGAUACCCACAUCCCAAGCUGCGCUGGUUCUACAAGAGAAAGGAGAUUGUGGAGAACGAGUACAUCCGCACUGAGCUGGACUUCUACCAGGACUAUCUGGAGGGUUGUCUGACCUUCAAGAACCCGACGCACCUCAACAAUGGAAACUACACUCUUGAAGCCAGCAACCCUUUGGGAACGGUCACCAAGACAGUGUAUGGUCACUUCCUCAUGGCCCCAGAAAUAGAGGACGUAGUGGAAAUAGUUGAUACGCCGCCUCCAGGUAAUUUGGGCCGACCAGAUGAAGACACAUUUGGGGUUUCCAUCGCCGUGGGUUUGGCGGGCUUCGCUUGUGUCCUCCUCCUCGUCCUUUUUGUUCUCAUCAACAAAUACGGCCGGCGCUCCAAAUUCGGUAUGAAAGGCCCAGUGGCUGUGAUCAGUGGCGAGGAAGACUCGGCCAGCCCUCUUCAUCAUGUCAACCAUGGGAUUAUUACCCCCUGUACUCUGGACGCCGGUCCUGAUGCCGUCGUUAUAGGAAUGACUCGUAUUCCCGUGGUGGAGAACCCGCAGUACUUCAGGCACGGACACAACUGCAACAAGCCGAGCACCCUGGUCCAGCAUAUAAAGCGCAGAGACAUCAUCCUGAAGAGGGAGUUGGGUGAGGGAGCGUUCGGGAAAGUCUUCUUGGCAGAGUGUUACAACCUCUGCCCCACCAAGGACAAGAUGCUGGUGGCUGUCAAGACACUGAAGGAUCCCAACCUGUCGGCGAGAAAGGACUUCCAGAGGGAGGCGGAGCUGCUGACCAACCUGCAGCACGACCACAUCGUUAAGUUCUACGGAGUGUGUGUAGACGGAGACCCUCUCAUCAUGGUGUUCGAGUACAUGAAGCACGGAGACCUCAACAAAUUCCUCAGAGCCCACGGUCCAGACGCCAAUCUGGUGGACGGCCAGCCGCUGCAGUCCAACGGGGAGCUGGGUCUGUCUCAGAUGCUGCACAUCGCUACGCAGAUCGCCUCGGGCAUGGUGUACCUGGGCUCCCAGCACUUUGUCCACAGAGACCUGGCAACACGCAACUGCCUGGUGGGCAACGGCCUGCUGGUGAAGAUCGGAGACUUCGGCAUGUCCAGGGAUAUCUACAGCAGCGACUACUACAGGGUUGGAGGACACACCAUGCUACCUAUCCGCUGGAUGCCCCCAGAGAGCAUCAUGUACAGGAAGUUCUCCACGGAAAGCGACGUCUGGAGCUUUGGAGUCAUCUUGUGGGAGAUCUUCACCUAUGGGAAGCAGCCUUGGUUUCAGCUGGGCAACAAUGAGGUUAUUGAGUGCAUAACCCAGGGUCGGGUUCUGGAUCGGCCACGGAUUUGUCCCAAGGAGGUGUACGACAUCAUGCUGGGCUGCUGGCAGAGGGAACCGCAGCAGCGACUGAACAUUAAGGACAUUCAGAAGGUCCUGUUCGCCAUGGGGAAAGCCACGCCGGUGUACCUGGACAUCCUGGGCUAGCAGCGGCCGGACAUGAAAGAACGACUCACGAAUCCAGGAAUAACCAAACCAACCUACUCCACUGUCGAACAACACCUACAAUGUUUGGGAAGGACUUAAGUGCCUGCAACACUUUUGGAUAUAGUGGAUAAAACAUAUUCAAAAAACACGCACUUUUACAUUUUGUUUACUUCCGUAUAAGAUGUACAGGUUUGAAGAAGAAUUCUCUUUUCUUUUUUUCCCGAAAAACUGCAAAAAUACACAAAAAUGGAGAUGGGAAUAAAGUGGACUGGCAAAAGGAACAAGGCCACAGUUUGAUUAUAUUACGGAGAGGACACACAUCAGAGUUACAAUCUAUCCUGGGUUUGGUUUUAUGAAUAUAUAUAGAAAUAUUACAUAUAUUUUAUAUUUAUUUCUUUUUGUCAGGGUGUUGAAGGGGUCCGCCAAUGGUGUUGCAUUAAGGGCUCGGCCCAAGACGUCACCGACAAACUAUUGGGCGAUUGGACGAUGGCAGCCUUACUUGCACUCUGGUUGGCUGGCUUUGACGUUCCAAUGGGAACUCUGCGAAUGUGGAAUAACACUGGAUGGUUGAAAAAAUCAAAAAGGAGCGCUCUGUAGAGGACCUACCCAAUCAGACAACCGACAAAUCUAUUUUAAUUUAAAAAUAAUGUACAUAUUGUAAAAUUCUAUGUGUCAAAAUUAUGUUAACUUAUUUUUUUCGGGUGUUAUUUUGGUUCUUUUUCUGACUGUGAUCUGGGUGGCUAAAGUAUAAAGCUAUGGUAUUUGUUUUCAUCGUAACCUAGAGGGGAUUUCUCUUGGGAUGCACCUGUGUCAGUGCUGGUAAAUUGUCCUUUGUGGUUAAGCUGAAGGGCAGUUUGAAAAGGCAGCUGACUGCGAAUCACAGAGACUCUGAGCCAUCGACACGACACUUUUCCAAAGAGGUGACGAAGCCUCUUGAUCACCUCCCAGUUCAUAUGCUUUUUAUGGAAAGAAUAAUGUGUUGAAAAGUAAAAUCCUACACCACAUCCUUCAAACACAUCACACGCUUUGAGAAACUGUUCUGUCACUUUUAGGCGUUUUGGUGUGAAACUGCUUUUCCACGCUCAAGAAAACCUUUGUUGUAAUGGAAAAUGAACAAAGACUUGUUCCCUUUCUUGCUGAGAGUUUGAUAAGAUCCAUACCACAGUUGUAUCAGUGUGAUAUUAAGCUCAGGAGAUGGUUAGCUUAGCAUCAAGACUGAAAAAAGGGAGUUAGCUAAGAAUUUGCAUGCCUGUCUUUAUCCAUAGGUAACAAAAACAACCUACCUGUAAAAGGAAUGUCAUCGUUACGUCUUCCUCCGGACGCAAAUGACAUCCUUACCUGAAGCUAAGCAAAGCUAAGCUAAUCUUAUGCUUAGCUAACCAGUUGCUUUAGGUAGCCUUAUAUUUACAGACACAAGAGGUGGUAUCAAUCUUCCAGUCUAACUCUCGGCAAGAACACAGGUGAGCUCCUUUCCCCAAAUCUCAUUACAAACAUUUGAGGUUAAUACCAAGACGAUCCCGUCACUUCACAAGAGAGAGAAGAAACACAGUGGCUGCUUAACUUGAUAAAACAAAGACAAACAUGCAGUUUUUAUGAUCCUGUGUGCUUUCCCGUCAGCUGUACCAGACUUACGGUCAAUUAUUCUUCCUUGAACUCGUGGCCUUUGCAUGAUUAGCAGAGAAGUGGUUUGACACCCUCCUGUUGCUUUGAUAACAUCUCUUCUGUUAAAGCCAGAGAGGAGCCACUGAAGCAGCUACAUGGUACAUCAAAAAUACUAAUCACUGAAGUGGAUCAGCUAACCGUGUGGUUCUGCCCUCUCCAUCUCUUUUCCUUUUUUUGGGGGGGGGGGGAUUAUUAAAUUGAACUGAAGAGUUUUGUUCCAAAAUGUGGCCAAAAAAGAGAACCUCCAAAAAGAAACAAACUUAAACCAAAUGAAAUUACUUUAAAUGACUCGUUCGUAAUUAAGUGCUCAGAUCGAGUUCAUUUUUGCAGAGUGGAUUCUGUAGAUUCCUCAGACACUGAAUGAUAAACCUCAGGCAACGAUUUUCCUUUAUGUUGUAUCUGGAUAUUUAGUAGCGCUUUGGAGGGAAACUCUUCACAUCUCUUCCUAGUUAUCCUGAUAUGACUCCUCACAGUUUGUCACAGUGUUGUCUCCCCUCCCCUCGGGACGUUGUUCAUCAUUAAUGACCAUUCAGUUACUUUGAGUACUUCUACAUGGCAGGCGGGAUCAGAUCCAACGAGUUACCCAAAGCAUCGAGUUUUUGUGAUUUCUCUCGUGGUAAAGACAAACGCUUAAAGACAUUACGACACAGACCGUGAGCCUUUGCAGGGUAUUGUAAUCCUUUCAUGGUGAGUUGAAUAUUGUUUAAAACGUUCUUUUGUUUUUUCUUUUCUUGGAUGAACUAACUGAACACUUUUUGAAGCAAAGUUGGCAUAUUACCAUGUACACAUGUUACAGAAUAUAAAAAUGUGGUAUAACAACUGCAGUAUAUAACAUACUGGUAUUCCAUGAUAGAUCUUUGUAUUAAUGUGACUCUCUUAAGAAAAUGUCUUCAAACAA